AUGAUCCGAAAUUUUGUCUUGUUAUUCGUUUUCUUGGCCGCAUUUUCUAUGGUCAAUGUUUUCCCAUAUCAUUUGACUAAAAAGGCCACUCAAUUUGGGCAAUGUCCGGUGCUAUUUAACCCACCACCAUAUACUACAAUAAUCAGUGAUGUAAAACUUACUCCAAAAACUAAUUCUCAACUCGAGGUUAAUG